AUGCAAAUUGUUUUUCCUCUAUUGACGUAUAGAUAUAGAUCGGUCAAAAUCGCUUUCUAUAAAAAUGCUAUGGGAGCUCUAAUAGUAUAUGACAUUACGAAGGAAUGGUGGCUCAAAGAGCUUCGUGACUAUACUAACCGCAACAAUGUCACAAUCAUGCUCGUUGGCAAUAAGUCUGAUUUCGAUGAUCGCAGACAAGUAUCAACGGAAGAGGGAAAAUCAUUUGCGGAGAGAGAGAAACUUUUGUUUAUUGAGACAUCAGCUCUUGAUGUUACAAACAUUAAAGAAGGAUUUAAGACUUUGAUGAGCCAAAUUUACAAUAACGUCACAAGCCCGUGA